GUUCUCACAUGUUAUUAAAAGUAACACAAAUUUUGAGAGUUUAACAUCCCUUUUCCCAAACUGCAUCCAACAUGCACUGUAUCACAACUCCCAAAUUUUGUUCUGCCCAAAAGACACCGGUUUUAAAGUUUCUCAACGGGUAAGACGCAACCCUUUCAAGUCCUCAGGUCAUCUUUCCAGAAUCGCCCGUCCUUCUGGAAAGUCUUCCGGUCCUGACCGGGGGUCUGGACCUGAACGCAGAGCCUCCUCUGAACUCCAAAAGCUGAGCUUGGAGGACCUCAGAAAGCCAGAACCAGAACCUCCGAAGUUUCCUAAGAGAGCCAAGGACAGGGUCACUAACACCCGUCUCCAGAGAGAGAAUCAAGAUGAGUUGGUCUUCGGGGUGGCCCCUUGUUUACUAGCCUUGACUCAGGGGAAACGAAAGCUCACUCAGCUUUUCGUGAAGCGCAGCGAAGGACGUCAGAGGGAAUCCGUGGAGAAGGUUUGUGAGGAGGCAGUCAGGCGAGGCGUUCCCAUUAAGCACAUCUCUAAGAGGGAGAUGGAGAAGAUGAUCGGUGGUGCGGUCCAUCAGGGAUUGUGCCUUCAAGCCAGUCCAUUAAGUUUCCUCACCAAGGAGAAAUCCAGCAGUCAGCAGGGAAAUUGGCGCAGUGGAAACCCCUGUCCACUAUGGCUCGUCCUGGAUGGCGUGCAGGAUCCGAUGAACCUCGGCACCGUCCUUCGCUCGGCAUAUUUUCUUGGAGUCGACAGAGUAGCUAGUAGCAUUCGCAACAGCUGUCCGUUAACUCCAGUGGUGAGCAAAGCCAGCUCAGGAGUGAUGGAGCUCAUGGAUGUGUACGGAUAUGAGAACUUGGCUGACAUCGUAAAGAUAAAACACAAACAAGGAUGGCAAGCAAUCGGUACUAUCUGCGCUGAUGAGACGUCUUCUGGAGUUUCCAUUAUUCCAUGUUCUGACUUCAAGAUGUCGAAACCUACACUGCUACUGAUGGGUGGUGAAGGUUUCGGGUUGUCUCCUGAACUGCGUGAGCUGUGCGACGUGUUCCUCACUGUUCCUCCCAGAAGAGAGCUUCAUCCCGCCGUGGACUCGCUCAACAUCUCUGUAGCCACAGGCAUCCUCCUUCAUUCUCUUCUCUCAUCAUGCAGAACUGGCCAGUGAGGAUAACGACGAUGAUGAUGAUGGUGGUGGUGGUGGUGGUUUAUUUACUUGCACUGCCUCCCUGUGACGCUUAAUGACUGGAUUAGUUCAUCAAUUAGCCAUCAGCUAAUUGACCCUAGAGAACUCAUCGAUCAGAAAAGCCGAGACUGGGGAGGAGUUCUCGACUGACAGUUGGACUGCAUCCUACUCCGAGGAACGAGCGGAGCAGGAAAUGUCAAAGGCUUUGCUAACUGUAACGAAAUGCAAAACAUGAUGUAGAUGAUGCAGGAGACAAACGGCAGGAAUUGUUCUGACUGAAGCGUACGAAAUUAAACGUAAAGAAUUGUUUGAAAAAAACAAACAAAAUGAGUGCUGUUUUGUUCAAAUGUUUGUUCAGACAUCUUUCUUGUCUGACA